AUGGCGCAUGACUCAUCCUCUAUCUACAGUUUCAUCAACAGCGAAAUCUCAACUGCUUCAUGCCAAUCACAGACAUGCAGCGGAGCAACGAUUGAUGGCUGUAACGUGGACGCAAACAAUCUAGAGCAGUCCAGAGUCUACGGAUUUCCGGUCGAGUCUGAUGGGCUUUGCGUGGGUGUAUACCCUAGUCAAUUUAGCUCCAGUGGAUCAGCAGGAGUGGACACCGCUCGAAGAGACCUGCUUCGGGACUACAACACCACCUUGUCAUCACUGACUUCUCAGUCCACACUAGUUGUCAUAGUACUACUCUCGUCGCAACUGUUUUCAAAGCGGCAAUCUAAAUCAGAAUCGGCGUUCAGUCCCAUGUCCUUGUUUGACCGCCAGACCUUGGAGGGAAUCGACAGAACUCACAUAUUGUACAAUCACUUGACCAGAGCUGACAGUCAUAAAGGUCCAGGAGAAGAUCUCAACGAUAAUCUGCUAGGCAGUUUGGGCUUAUUGGCCAGCUAUGCGAACUAUAAUCUGAAAUGUGGUGCAUUUGUCGCCAUGGAAACUGGGCUGAUAGCUUCCCUCUCUCUGGCGGAUAAAAUGAAGGGACUUUUGGAUAUGUCGCGCAACAAUUUGAAGAUGCAUAUGGCUACAGAAAUAGCUUCAUAUAGAUGGGGAAGAGGAACUUUUGGUAUCAAAGCAAAACCACCUGUGUACAGAAUAUCUCUCGAUACUGGCAGUCAUUUACUGGUUCUCAAUUUGGACGAGAGACGAAACUAUCUCGAAAAGUUAGCUCAAACCUUGCUGCAGAUGAGACAUUUGAACGUUAGUAUUGAAAAGUUCCUGGCGGAGUUCUCGUCAAUGCAAGCUAACCCUGCGCCAGAAAUGAUUCUACCGCCUUUGAUAACUACGGCCGCUCCAAGAACGACUAAAAGAGGCGAACUGGAUCUGCAUCCGGACAUGGCGCUGGAAAAGAGUGAGAUUGCAAAUCAGGUUUCAGUGAAAGUUAAAGCUACUUAUUCAUUCAUUCCUUCUGUUCUUGAGUAUUCGAUGGAGUUUGUGACUUCUAAGUAUGGCUAUUACCAAAGCCAAGAGGUUUUUAAGCGAGAUUUUUUUGUUUUGCUUCUGGACAAACAAGUUAAAGUGAAGAAAUUUGUAGUGACAACCGGAUCUCCGAACCAGCUAGAAAUGCAUUUGAAAACAGGCUCACUUUUCUUCUCUGGAAAAGCAAACCAGUUGGCAAAAACUGGCAAAGUUAAUUGUAUGUCUCCACAACAUGUAGCUGAUUUUAACGAUGGUGUUGCUACUAAAGACAUGGAUUACUUGGUGCUUGUGAAAUGUUUAAUCAUCAGAAUUGAUUCACAUCAUCCCUUAGGAAUUAUUUUGUACAAUGUUCAGCUAGCUUCGUAGUCGUCGUUUAGUUUCGCAAGUCACAAUCAUAUAAUUUAAUUGCAUUCUUUAUUCAAAUUGCGUAGUACUUGAAAAUUCACUUAGAACUAGAAGUUCCAGCAGUUAAUGAAGGAGUGCAGUUUCUUACCUUGGUUUUCCUGCGUGACGCCCUUCCAUGGCCGCACUGAAC